AUGUUCAGAUCAGCUUUAACUAGAACUGUCAACCCUACCGCUACAAGGUUGUUUUCAACUACCCCAAGAGUUUUGGGAACCAAGGUGUUUUUUCAAACCUCAAUUGACGGGGAAUUACAACCACCAAUUAAGUUUGAAUUAUACGAUGAUGUUGUUCCCAAAACAGCCGAAAACUUUAAGGUUUUAGCUACUGGUGAAAAGGGUGUUGGUUAUAAAGGAUCCAUCUUCCACAGAAUCAUCCCUCAAUUUAUGUUGCAAGGUGGUGACUUUGAAACCGGAAAGGGAUAUGGUGGUUAUUCUCCUAUUUGGGGUAAUAAGUUUGAAGAUGAAAACUUUGAUAAAAAGCACAACAAGCCUGGUUUGUUAUCCAUGGCUAAUGCUGGGCCAAAUACUAAUGGUUCUCAAUUUUUCAUCACUACAGUACAAACUCCAUGGUUGGAUGGUCAUCAUGUUGUCUUUGGUGAAGUUAUUGAUGGGUACGAUGUUGUUAAGAAAAUUGAGAGUUAUGGAACUCAAUCAGGAACUCCAACUGCAAAAAUUGUAAUUGAGGAAUCUGGUGUAGAACAAGAGUAA